GCGACUGCGAGUCCUCUACUCGCGAGUCGACUGUGUUUUUUUCCACGUAUGUGUGUGCCGGUGUGUUUCGGGCUUUCGGCGUGUCGAGGGUGAACGCCGCCGCGCCGCGCCGCGAAGCUGGCGAACAAGAUCCUGCGCACUGUUUUGCUUACAUACCGUCCGGACAAACACUCCCCCGCGCUCGACUCGCAACGCCAGAUAAGACCCCGCGUACUAUAGCUGCUGGUGAGCCCCGGUGUUUCAGCAUCCCUUACAUUGCUUCUCUCUUCGCUCGUACGAAUGAUCGUGGUUCGCGGCGCGAAUUUUCUUCUCUUCUCUUAUCGUAUCGAAGAAGACGACGAGUGUUUAUUAAAAUUCAUCGACUUGUUCGCGCGUUCGUAGUGUACCAUUCGGUUAUCGCGUUUUGUUAAUAACUCGAAGUGUCCGAAGACUAAUUGGUUCCUACUUUAGUGGUGUAUGUGAUCGACAGAUGUACCAGUCAUGUUUAAUUGCAUCGGUCAACCUAAAGCUUGGUCGAAAAGCACGUUAGAUUUGAGAGACGGUGGUCCAGAUAUCAGAAUCCAACUCGGCGAACAGCUAAGAUGCCUGGACACGCGUAUGGAAACGCAAGUAACCAUCGUCUCCGAAUUGCAAGACUUCUUCAGGAGACGAGCCGAAGUAGAAUUGGACUACAGCAAGAAUUUGGAUAAAUUAUCCAAAACAUUGCAACUUCGCCACAAAGAACAAAAACAAAAGCGUGAAUCGUGGCCGUUGUUUUCUAGCUAUUCGUGCUGGCAACAAUUGGUUAGCCAGACCAAAACACUCAGCAAAGAUCACGCAGCCCUCAGCGAGGUGUAUUCCACUCAUUUAGUGAGCAGAUUGCAGCAAGUAGUCGAAGAUGUGCAGAGAAUUUAUAAAAGAUGUCGAGAAAUCGGAUUAGAAAUGCAAGAGGAAAUUCUGCGAACGUUGCACGAACUACAUACGACGAUGAAAACACAUCACGCUUAUCAGACUGAAUGCAGACAGGCCGAAUCUAAAUUAAGAUUGGCUGAAAAUCAAAGACUCAAGAUGGAACAGGGUGCUCCGAAAGAGAAACUGGAACGAUCCAAGAAAUACAAGUUGAUCGGCAAAGAAGUUCAGAAAAGAAAAAACAAAUACUUCGACGCGAAGCUGAAAGCGUUGAAAUCGAAAAACGAAUACAUCCUGUGUUUAGAAUCGGCGAACGCGACCAUACAUAAAUACUUCGUCGACGACAUUUCCGACCUGAUCGACUGCAUGGAUUUCGGAUUUCACCAGUGCAUAAAACGUAGCCUAUACAUGCAUACGACGGCCGAAGAAGGACGUAUAAAAUCGCUGCAAACUGGUACCGAUGCUCUGAGUAGUAUUAUAAAUAGCAUGGACUCCAGACACGAUAAGCAGCGUUUCUUGGAGUUCAACCAUUCGGCGUUUAUGGUACCGAAGAAAUUCGAAUUUCAAGGACAAAAAGAUGAGACAGCGGAACCGGAGUUACAAAAAUUACUCUGCGCUGAUCUAGAAAAUCGUUUGUAUCAAUUGAAACUACGAUUGACUACCCUGAGGACCGAAUCGGAUGAAGUGUGGAAGACUUUGGAGACUGCUGAGUCGACGUUAUUGGAAAUGCUGACGGCUAAGGAUUACGAUUGUAGCACGUACUUCGGAGAUAACGCUGUGCCGGCGAGUAAACCACCGGAGACGGUUAGUCUCAAGAAGAGAGCUGAUCGACACGAGACCGAAGAAUUUUAUUUAGGGAAAUUACGCGAAUAUUUGCUGGGAACUAGUCGUAUCGCUAGAUUAGACGCUAAACGCGAACAUAUCAGACAAACGCUCGUCGACAGCGCGAUGUCCCUUUCGUCAUCGUCUACGAACACCUCGAACGCUUCGCCAUCGUUGGCCCCGUCCACGAUCCUCGAAUCGCGUUCGGUUAUCCGAGAACUUUCACAGCUGCAAGCGACCGGAGGUGUGGGUCUUCUGCAGCCUCCAGCUUCGAAGCCUCCGCGUCGAAAACGUAUCGGCCGAUUGCAGACCAAUGGCCAGCCCAAGCUGUUCGGCGGAUCUUUGGAAGAAUAUUUAGAAGCCACCAAUCAAGAAAUACCGCUGAUUAUUAAGAGUUGUAUUAGGGUUAUUAAUUUAUACGGUUUACAUCACCAAGGCAUAUUUAGAGUAUCUGGAUCUCAACUGGAAAUAAAUAAUUUUAAGGAAGCCUUCGAACGAGGCGAAGAUCCGCUGGCCGACGUCACCGACGCUUCCGACAUCAACUCGGUAGCCGGCGUUUUGAAAUUAUACCUUCGCGAACUACGCGAACCUCUGUUUCCAAUAAUCUACUUCGAACAGUUCAUGCAACUAGCUCAGCUCGAUUCUAAACACGAGUUUAUAUCUAGAAUGCGCGAAUUAGUACAGAGUUUCCCUCGACCGGUGAUCAUCUUCUUGAGAUACAUAUUCGCUUUCUUGAAUCAUUUAUCCGAGUACAGCGACGAGAACAUGAUGGAUCCGUAUAAUUUAGCCAUUUGUUUCGGGCCGACUUUGGUCCCGGUUCCGGAAGAUAAAGAUCAAGUCCAGUAUCAAAACCAAGUCAACGAGCUGAUCAAAAACAUCAUCUUGUUCAACGAUGAGAUCUUCCCGUCGCACGAAAUUGGCGGCAUUGUUUACGAAAAAUACAUAUCGAGAGAGCCGGAUGAUAACGAUGUGGGAGAUUCGCCUUCUGAUCAUGCUCAAGAAGAUGCCGACUCUGAAGUGUAUCCCUCGGAAGAUGAAACCGAAGCUCUAGAAGCAACAGCUCAGUUCGACUUUAGCGCCCGAUCGGAACGUGAAUUAAGCUUUAAAAAAGGAGACCACAUAAUACUCUACUCGCAAGUAUCCAACGACUGGUGGAAAGGAAGUGUUAAUGGAAAAGAGGGUCUCAUACCAGAUAAAUACAUCCUCGUCAAGAUCAAAGACGACGAUCGAGAUAAAGUCGAAAUGUACAAGUCCAGUUCGUCGGAGGAUUCGAUAAAAAGGAGGACUUCCAGCUCGAACGAUUCCGUGCUAUCGGAAACGAGCAGUUCGCAUUCGCCUCUACUGUCAGCAUCGGGCAAUAAUGGCCCUUGGCCUCCGGUCAUCAUGGAUAAUACGUCGGAUAGUUUACCUUCGACGCUGAGCGAGAUCGAGUCGUCCAAGUCGAAUCUGGAUAAAGAACACGAAGAUCAGCUGCUGAGAGUGGAGGUUGAAGAGAAUAUUAAAAUCACGUUGAUCGAUCCUCCGUCGUCGAAGAACAACAUGGUAACUGCUAAAGAUCUACGAGAGGAACGUCAAGCCAAGUAUAGCCCUCUAUUGAGACGUACUCACGUGAAAGCUCUCAGCGUAGGAGACCCGACAGACGACGAUGAUUUCCCGAAAUCAUUCAACCAGAACCGAGAGCUUUGGCAGCAACGUGCUUCUUCUCAUACCAGCGUUAAUAGCAUAGGACUGCCUAAAGACUCGCCAGCCCAGAGGGAUUUUCGACCCAAACAUACUCCAGAUCUAGUCAUGGAUUUACCGGUCCAAGAGACGGUUAAAUCGCCCGAAGAGACCGAAACCGAAGCUCAAAACGAGCCCGAAAGUCCAGACAUGGCUCUGGCUGCCGAAAGAUUCGCCAAACAGAACCAAUGCACGUUGAAGAAAAAUAACAGAGAGUUGAGAAGAGAUAAGACUGACAGUAAGAAUAGUAACGGCGCCAAGAGCACCGAUGACGAAACAUCACCCAGGAUGUCACCCGUUGUGAAACCUCAAAUUAAAGCCAAACCUCCUAUUUUAAGGAAACCGAUGCUAAGUCCCUCCGUUCCUAUACAUUUAAUGAGGAAAGAUCGACUCGAACCGGAAUAAAAACCGAGGUUGUGACCAGAUUGUGAACUCUGGAUUAUUUUUUUUUUCUAAUCCGUUUUUUUCUCUUAUUUUCUUUAAUGGUCUCACGUUAUUUCCCUUCUUUUUUUUUUUUAUUUUAUACAACCCUACCCCCUUUUUUCUCUUUACCCUUUUGUUUUUUUUUCUUUCGUGUAAGUGACUUACAACUUAAAUACCUACUUAAUUUUUUUUUAUACUAUUGAUUUUUUUCGGUGAGAAAUUGAAAUCUUAAAUGUGACUUAUUCGUCGAAUUCGAAUUCGGAUCAAAAUACGCGAAUUUUAUUGCUAGUCCAGCGUUUAAAAAAGUAUUUUUUAUACUCGUAGUAUUUAAGCUAUAUUUUUAUCAUCUUGGUCGUCCGAAGCGUGUUGUAAUAACGAUCGAAUAAUGUUUUUUAAAAUAUUUUACCCCUCCCCUUUUUUUCUCUAUCUUUUUGCGAAGACAAGACGUAUGAAUAGGUGAACAUUUAUUUAAUGCUUUCGAGUGACCCUUUUUUUCUCUGCAAAUUAUACCUAAAUUAUUUAUUCAUUAUGAAAUUUUAAUGAUUUUUAAUAUACCUACCUACUUGUAAUAUUUUCCUAUUCUCCUUCGAAUAAUUUGUGUGUUCUUUGGAAAAGAAGCUGUUGAUAAAACGCUUACGUACUUAAUUUUUUUUUUCUAAUUUUUAUAUUAUUUGAAAGACUUAUUUGAAAAAUAAUUAAAAGCAAUUUAUUACGA